AUGCAAAGCCUCUUUAAGACCCAGGACUACACAUCUGUUCCAGCUUUUUCCCUGCCCAACAUUGGACUCAAUAUCCUCGAGGCCGAAGACAGGGGCAUUCAAAAGAAGCAGUCAGGUCUUCCAUUCAGACCUUCUCUUCCACAGCGACAUGAGUGCACACCCAUUCGUAAAGAUAGUAAGAGUACAAGGAGACGGUCUGCAUCGACAGGCAUUCCAUCUAAAGGGCAAAGAACCUCCAAGGCCCACUGUAAUGUAGCCCCAGCCGAUCUCCCCAGCACAACCUCCCUUGCAGAUUCACAUGAUGUUGCACUAACUUACGACGAGGCGGACACGUUAUCUUGGAUGCUAGGUGUACUGAGGAAAGGUACUGACCCGUGGGCACGCGCAUUCAGUGCACAGAUCCCUGAGCUUCUACAGUCAAUCGCAGUCUCGCCUACACCCACUGCAGGAGCACCUGCAAAAAUAAAGGCCACGAUGCAGAACGGGUUUAUCUUUGGCAAGCUUGUCGAGCUCUUAGGGUGCACAAGCAUUCCAGGCCUUUCAGACCAGCACACUCCGGCCGUGGCCUAUAACAAUUGGACAAAGGCACUGAGUGUGCUUCGAACCAAUGUGCUCGUCUCUCCUGCUCAUUUGUUCAUAGAAAGAGACUUGGCGCGCGCAGGGCCCGACUUUCUUCGUAUGUUUCUUCUUCUGUUGAAGGAUCUUAGACAAGCAUACAGUAGGCCCACAGCACCUUCCCCAAUGAGUCAAGUCGAGGAUACUCCUUUGCUGAACCACAGCAGCCGGGUUCCAUUCCCCGAUAACGCAAGUUUUGCUCCACAGGCUAAAGAAGAGCAACAACAGGACGCCUAUCCAGAUUGGAAAUUAUGUGCCCCGCGUUCACACACGUUACAGCAACUACGAAGCGACAUGCUCAUAUCAUAUCCCAUCGAGCAUGCACUUUGCAAAACAGAGGUGUCACGAUGGCUCGCAUGGUUAUCUCUAGAGCCUCCUCUGUUUGACCACGACAAGCUUAUAUCUAAUCCGUGGUGCAAUGGGUGCAACUUUCACCUUAUUCUCGGAAAGAUCUACUCUGUCCUGGUUGCUGAUACCAAAUCGCUAGUUCUUCCAAUCCCCAAUCCAUCCACUUAUGAGCACUGCGUACAGAACAACAGCUUUAUUCUCCAGUUUGCAGAGCACUGUGGAGUGUCUUGUGCAUAUAGGAUUCUUGCUGACGACUUUACUGAACCGUCCCAAUGCGAGAGCACUGUCUGGGCACUCCUCAGCUCUAUUGUGCAAAGAUUCCCACUCCCUGAUACUCUGGCCUUCAAAGAGUUGGACCAUCCUGUCUCUGCUGCUCUGCUGCCAUACAAUCCUCUUCAAUUCUCAAUGCUUGAGACAUCUCUAUGCCAUUGGAUCUUCACACUGGGCUUUCUUGCUGACCCCCCAUACAAUUGUGACAACAUUCCUGCAUUCCCAGUCCUUAUUCCCCAUAUAAAAACUGGGUGUCUCUUUCGAGACCUCUCGCUUACUGCUCUUCGUCUGGGAAUUUUCACACAAAUUCCUUUCAAGGUAAGCUAUAACUCUUUGCAGAACCAUAGACGAAAUCGCGGAGGACACGAUCAGUACAAUAGUUUUGGAUCUUCCAACACGAAGUGCCAACAUACGGGGCAAGACGUAGCUCUCGGACUCCAAUUAUUCGCAACACAAAAGGAUACAGAAAAGACACUCUUAGAGGAAGUCUGCCAGGCCCAGUUCCCAGUACAGUUUUUAUCAACCCUGACAAAAUUCCAGCUAGUGCUUCUCAUUGAGGACAUCCAUCGGUGUUGGGACAAGAUUCCCCCUCGGAGUAUCUGUCCAGAGCCGUACGCUCCAUACGCUCCUCUAUCCUUCAAAGUGGACAAGGUGGACAUAAAUGCACUACUACCCGCUGCUACGGAGAGGAAUGGCGCUGAGGCUCAUAACACUGAAGAAUGUGCCUCGCUCCCCCUGGCCUCUGGAGGCAAUUUGUGGAAGAUGGAGGCCUCCUUCGUUAGACCACCAGACGAGGUCUUAGUUGAUACGCAGCAGAUUAUUCCAACCCUCUGGUUUCUGCCCGAAAUAAGGGGAUACCCCAUGAAUUAUAACUCAGAAAACGAAAUAGUAGCACUCUUUACACCCCUUUUACAAGUCGUUAAACCACAAUAA